AUGGCCGACCAUAAUUCUUCACAGCCUCAAGCGAUGGAGCCUCCUCAGCAGGCACCACCAAGCGUCCCGUCUCCCGCCUUAUCCACGCCCGGUUCCGUUCCCAUGAUGAACUCGCCAGUCCCCCUACUCCGCCCUGCCAUUCCUGGUGGCAGAUCCGGCGGUGGCGCCCGAACACCUAGGCUUGGCCUCGCGAUUCCUCCUUCACCAAAUGCAAAGCCUGUCGGUGGACAGGCGCCUCAGCCCGUAAACUCGCGACCUCCCCUCCCAACUCUGCACCUGGCCACUCCCAUGGGCAGCCAAACGACGCCUUACGAACAACCCCCAAGAGCGGUAGGCGUGGGACAGUCAGCAAGCGGUGGCAGCGAGAGCAGCGCGGCUCAUUCAAGAUCGGGAAGCUUCGGCCCUCUGGAUGGCCGAGCUAGCAACCCCACAUCAGCCGGCUCUCAGUACUCGGCGUUAUCGUUUGCUUCACAAUAUGGCUUCCCAGCGAGACCUCAAGGAACUCCCGAUCCGUCAUCCGCUGUCGGCUCUAUAUACUCUGAGCGUAGCGAAGGCGGCGUUGGAAUGGAGCGAGAUAACAGCCUGCAAGGGCUCGAGGCUUUCGACAAGCUGUCUUUGGAGCGGGGCAGAACGCUGGAUGUGGAGGAGCUUGAUUCUGACGGGUGGAGGGUUGCGAGCAUGGAAAACCGAAUCGAGGAGCUCGGCAGCCUCGGCGAAGGUGCCGGUGGAGCUGUUACAAAAGCCAAACUGAAGGGUGGAAAGACGACCUUCGCCCUCAAGGUUAUCACUACAAACCCCGAUCCCGACGUCAAGAAGCAGAUUGUACGUGAACUGGGGUUCAACAAGGAGUGUGCGUCGGAACAUAUCUGCCGCUACUAUGGUGCAUUCGAGGACUCGACGACGGGCACCAUCUCGAUCGCCAUGGAAUUCUGUGAGGGUGGUUCUCUGGACAGCAUCUACAAGGAGGUGAAGAAGCUCGGCGGCCGUACCGGCGAGAAGGUCCUCGGCAAGAUCUCGGAGGGUGUGCUCCGCGGAUUGACAUACCUGCACGGCAUGCGCAUCAUUCAUCGAGAUAUCAAGCCCUCCAACAUCCUGCUUUGCAGAAACGGAGACGUCAAGCUGUGCGACUUUGGUGUUUCCGGAGACUUUGGCACAAAGGGAGAAGCAAACACCUUCAUCGGUACUAGCUACUACAUGGCCCCUGAGCGUAUCACAGGCCAAUCGUACACCAUCACUUCCGACGUCUGGUCAACGGGCGUCACCUUGCUGGAAGUGGCGCAACAUCGAUUCCCCUUCCCUGCCGAUGGAACUGAAAUGCAACCUCGAGCCGGACUAAUUGAUCUCCUUACUUACAUCGUGCGGCAACCGAUACCGAAGCUCAAGGACGAGCCCGACGCCAACAUUUUCUGGAGUGAUAACUUCAAAUACUUUAUCGAGUGCUGCCUCGAGAAGGAGUCUACUCGAAGAGCAAGCCCUUGGAGAAUGCUCGAGCACCCAUGGAUGGUGGAGAUGCGGUCGAAGCGUGUCAACAUGGCGAAGUAUCUUGCGCAGGUCUGGGGCUGGGACACCAAAUGA